CGCGCCUGAGCGUGGGCGCGCGCGCGUUUAAAUCCAUGCGCCAUGCAAGCGUCAGGCUUCAGUUUCCUCUGUGGAGAGGAUACGUGCAGGUGGAGAGGAGAGAGAGAGAGAGACCUCAGUGCGCAGGAGGAUUCGAACGGAGCGCAGAGCUUCAUCUCUGUGGUCCAGAGCACCUGCGACUUUCUGUCACUUUGGUCACUUGGAACAAACAAGUCCUCCAUGUCCCACAGUCUAACGAUGGAUCACAGUUUGCUGCCUCGGUCCAUUUGGACAGGCGACAGCAAAUUCCUUCAGCAUCCAGAUCUCAGCACCAGCGUGGUCGUGACGCGCAGCAUCCCUGCGGGCACUUGCUUUGGUCCGUGCUUGCUCCAGAACACCUUCUACGACACCAUCGCCUUCAUAGCCCAGAAAUGCUGCGACAAGACAGUAAAAUCCUGUUUGUUCAGGGUCGAUCCUGAGGCGCUGCGCAAUUCGGCUCUGGUGCUGUCCUGGCUGCGGCUCGUCCAGGCUGCGCGCAAUGGUGAUGAGCAGAACACAGAAGCCUUCCUGAAAGCGGGUCAGCUGUAUGUGCGGACCAUCCGAGACAUCCAGUCAGAGGAAGAGCUUCUGGUGUGGUACGACCAGGAGCUGUCUCACCUGCUGGGCUUCACGGACACGAUCAAAGGCUCGAACGGAGAAUUCAAAUGUGGAAGAUGCAAUCAGGUCUUCAAAAACAAGCAUCCCUUCGUGGCUCACUGCAGGUUUCUGUGCACUGAAGCGAAAUGCGACACCUGGAGCAACGACAGUUACGAGCACAAACACGCGGAGGUUAAAAAGCAACGCCGGGUGACGGAUUUCCACAACAUCGCCAGAGACUUGGAGCAGAAGAAGGACGCAGAUGGUUCUCCAAGAAAGAGGAAAUGCGAGGAAAGUCACCUUCCCAAAUUGCGCAAAACAGUUUUGUUGGAAAAAACGAACAUUUCAAAUGAUGAAAAUGUGACGCACGUGGUUAGAGGGCAUGAGCAGGCAGCAGGAAACCCCUCCCUCACCUCCUUCUCUGGGAAACUGAAAUCUGACAGGACCAGCGUGGUUCAUGUGGUACGAAGAAGCGCUGAUUUAGCAGAAGUGGUGGAAGUUAACCAGACUUUUACGCACGACGGAGAGGUGAACGCACGGUUGGAGAAGGGGCAGGAAUCUGUUGGACAUUUCAGCGGUAGCAGCAGCAGCGCUUUUUCUGUGGUUCUGCCAAGUAGCCAGAGCGAGCAGAAAAGCGCUUUUUGUAAACCAAAUAACAGGGCUUCCCAAGUGGAGCCGCAGGCUCGUCUCGGCAGCGCUCCAACAGCCCCCUCUAGCCGUCUGGAUGAGAUGGCAGACGGUUUUCCCAGCAGGACUGUACUGGGAUACAACCAUCUGAUGACGUCAACCAUCCUCAGCAGCGACCUGCAUGCGUUAGGCUCCUCGGUUCCAUUAAGUAACGCUUUCCAUUACGCAACGGAGCACUGGUCCAGAAACUUUGGCGCACAGCUGCAAACCACGUCUUCCCUUACGCUUCUCCCGCCAACUUUGACUUCAUUCGGCGUUUCGGUGCAGAAUUGGUGCGCCAAAUGCAACUUGUCCUUCCGCAUGACCUCUGACCUGGUUUUCCAUAUGCGCUCGCACCACAAGAAGGAAUUCGCCGCCGAGUCUCAGGUGAGGCGGAAGAGGGAGGAGAAACUCACCUGCCCAAUCUGCCACGAAUACUUCAGGGAGCGGCACCACCUGUCGAGACACAUGACCUCUCAUAACUGAAGCCACAGCAAAGGAGCAGCAGAUGUUACUUAUUUACCUACUUAUUUACCAAAUGACGAUGUGAUAUUUAUUUCUAGAGACUUUGGUGUAUUUUGAUGAAUGUAGUUAGCUGUUAAACAUACAAACAGUCGGCUUGUCCACUAGAAGGCGGCAGAGUUCUGUCCUGGAGUUUUUCACGUUGAGCUGAUGAUUAUUUGGUGCCUUAUGGAAAUCAGGAGGAUAAAAAAACGUUUAGAUCUCCAGAUCAUGAUUGUUAAAAUUUUUUAUCUUCUUUUAUUUUCUGUAAUUAGUGCAGGAGAUGGGUAUUGGUUUCAUAUUUGGAAAUCGAAAGUUAUGAAAGUAAAACGUUUCUUGUCUUUUCCCCCUGCAGUAUCUUUGGUGUCUUUAUGCAGAUACUAACUUUGCUAUCCUCAAUGGCCUAAAUAUGCACGCAAGUUCAUGUUUUGUGUCAAUGUGUGACUCCAACAUUACUUUUUUUCAGUCUUUUAUUAUUUUUACAGGGGUAUUUGGAAAAAGUAUAAUUUUAUAUUCAUUAGGUUCAAUUAAGUUGUUUGAGUGUACAAGAUACACAAAGGAAAAUAAAUAAAAGGGAUCCUGUGAAUGAAUAAGGGUUUAGACCACUACACUCAUUUUAAAUGUUAGAUUUGAGGUUGUAAAUGGAGAACAGAUGUGUGUUUUUAUUUUACUGCGUCUUAAUUUGAAAAUUUUAGCAUUCUAAAAACGUGUCCUGACAUUUAAUGAAACAUCUUAACUACUCAUUUUUAUGCUGGUUGUUGACAUUUUAUAAGACAUUAAAACAAAUCAAGGAAUUAUCAUAAUAAAGGAUUAGAAAUAAUGUAA